AGGGUGUGGAGGGCUCUGUCUGGGCCACUGGGGAUGCCAGGCCUCCCAGCAGGCUCAGGGCAGAGGACAGCGGCUAAUAUCGCCCAUCCUGGGACCUCCUGGGAGUGGAGAAGGCAGAAGGACCAGGUGCAGGGAGAGCAAAGCUGGGUUUUCACACCAGGGAAAGAGCCUCAGGGCAGAGAGGCAGCACCCCCGCCCCCCAGAGCCUUAACAGAAAAUGAAACCAGCUGUUGUUUGCAACAUUUUGACAGGAAGCGGGACCCAGUGGGGCUGGUGUGAGGUGAGGGCAGUGGAGGGGGAGCAGCCUGGCCUGUCCCUGGCUGGUUUGGGGGGUGCCACUCUGGCUGUGUGUGGGACGCCGGUGGGGGUGAAGGCAGCUCUUCUGUCUGGCAGGGACUUAAGAGUCACCAUCCUGCUGACACUGAUCAAAGGGGGAGGCUUGGUGGGACAGGCAGGGGGUGCGUGAAGACUUCGGGGUGACCGGGAGAGUGUUGUCUGACCCAUCGGGUAACGUCCAGUGUGUGCUCAGCCUCCACCCCACGAGAGCAUGCGUGGGUCGGCAUGGACCCCGAUGUGGACAGCGUCCUGACUGGUAGGCAGGACUUCACUUUGCACUUUGAGGGGCUCUUGCCCCUCAGCAGUGCCAGGGCCCCAGGCAGAGAGCAAGUUAUGCCCUCAAAGGGGCCUGAGAGGCCACCUGCCUUGGGAGAAUCUGAGCGAAGAGCUCUUGCUCAGAGGGACAUGCGUACUCUGUGGGGGCCUCCUGAACACCUGUGCCCUGCUCACCUCUGCCCCCACCUGUUCUCCCAGGUGCAGGGGGGUCACUUUACAGUGCAGAUGCGGUCCCCAUGCUCCCAGGGCUCCCUCUGCUCUUUGCUGAAGCCUGCAAAGCCCUGAGUCUCUGGCACUGCCAGCCCACAGCCUUGCCCUGUACCUGGCCCCUUGCUCUUGGAGUCUCAGCUACACUGGCCUCCCUCCAGGGCCAGGAGGGCACCAUGUCCCUCACCUAGAUCAUCCCCUCACCUGGAGCACCCCUCAUCUGGAGCAUCCCCUCACCUGGAGCAUCCCCUCACUUGGAGUACCUUCACCCCUCAACUGGAGCACCCCUUGUCUUGAUGCCUAGGCAUGGAGGAGUCUCCCCAGUCCAGGCAGCAAGGGCUUUCCAGCUCUGGAGCAUGAGGGGGUGAGGAUCUGAGACCUUGGAAGGCUAUGAGAGAGGGAGCCACUGUCACAUCAGGGAGUGGGGCUUCUCACCAUGGCGGUCACCCUCAUGGCUCUGGAGGCCUGGGGCAGUGGCUCUAAAACUCCCUGAAGCUCCUCACAGGAGGUCCUCAGGCCUUUCCUUGGGAGUUCUGGGGUGAUAUGUGUGCCCUGGAACCACAUGCCUGGGCCCAAAUCUCCUCUCUGUGGAUGGGGCCUCAGACAAGUAGUUCCCUGCCUGGAAAAUGAGUCUGGGGUCCAAGGGGUUGCCCUGAAGAUCCUAGUGCAGCACAGGUGGUGAGAGCCUCGUGCUCCCUAGUGAUUAGGCCGGCUCUGAAGCUUCCUGCUCUGAAGCUGCGGGGCCACAUGGACACUGGGCCCCUCACUGCCUCUGCUCCCCACCCAGAGGCAGGAGCCCCGAGAGUGCCUGGGGAGGGAACCAUGUGGGGUGGGAAGGCCACAAGUGUGUUUGCCAGUCCUCACCACCGAAGCCAGAUGGGCGCCCACAGAAGUGAGAACCUCGCAGCGUGGGGUGGCCCUGGCAGCUGUGGGUGGCGGGCGGUGGGCAGCAGGCCUCUCUGCUGCUUCUAGCUUCUGCUUCCUGCUUUCCCUCCUCCUGGGACGCAGGCCCGACUCACCAGGGGCAGGGGGGUGGAGCAGCCGGGGCUGAGGAUGACUCAGGGCCCAGCUGUCACCAUGGCAACCCUGUUGCCUAGCAAUGGCGGUCUCCCAGUAACGUCUCCUAGCAAUGGGAUAUUUUCCCGGGCCCUGGCUGGAGCCUGGCAGUUAUUUUUAGCUCAGCUGCAAAUCAGUCUGCAGCUGCGUUUUUGGCUCCUAGAGAAGAUGCAAGGUGUAUGUGGGGCGGGGAGGGGGGUGGAUUUCUCAUCAAGGGAGGAAACUUGUCAUGUGUCCCAAGGUACAGGCUCAUAGGUGGGCAAGGCCAGAUUCCACCUGGGAGUGGAGGUGGGGGUGUGUGCAGGUGAAGCGGAACCAGCUCAGGCUGCCGGGAAGAGUUGGCAGAUAUGACUGUCUCCCUGAUGGGGUCUCUGGGAGGGCUGGUCACUCCAGCACCCUAGGGCUCCCUAGGUCAGGCUGGUCAGGAGCAUUCCAGGCCAGUGUUCAUGGUGGGCACCACUGGAGCGUGUCACUUGAUGGCAGCUUCCUGGCACCCUUGGCUCUCAGUUGUGGGAACUGUCCCCGUUGUCCUUUGCUCCCAUGCUCCCAGCCCCCGCAAGGGGUGCAGCGCCCUGCCCUGGGCCAACUAGAGCACACAUUCAAGAGGUCCUGGCUGCAGGGGCCUGGGCGGCCACAGACUCAGCUCGGGGCAAGGCUGAGCUGGCCUCUGCUUAGCCCCCAUCUCUCCCUCUCCCCCACUUCUGCUGAAAUGGGAGCCCAAGUGGGAAGUCUUGGACAAUUGGGAGAACUUGACCCUUUUGGGCUUUCUCACCAUUUCCUCAAGAGCUAGGCUCACUGUCCCCUCGAAGCCAAGUUCCACCUCCCACUGGCCAGCUUCCUGUCCCUGGUUGGCCCUAAGCUCCAUCCAGACCUGGGGCACUCUUCCCAUCCCUCCACCCCCAUUGCCUCUGUCUGGCCUUUGUGUUGCUCCCACCGGCCCGGGACCAGCCCAGCGCCCCCCUCGGUCACAUGUGCUCCUCAUCUGUGCCCCUUACCCUGUGGGGUUGCCUCCCCUGCUGGAGGGCAGGGCUCACUUGGACUGCUCCUUGUCCCAGCAUCUGCUCCAGUCCUCUGCCAGGACUUGGGUUUUGAGUGGAAAUGCAGAGCGGCCCAUUUUGGAGGGUCAGGGCACUGAAGGGUCUGGAGCUGGGGGCACUCCAAAGGCUGAAGGAGCCUCCAAACUGAGCACAGAUGUUGAGGGAGUUACCUGAGAUUUGGGGUAUCAUUCAUCGAUCCAUGCACUCACUCUCCAGGUUAUUUACUGUGCAUGUCUGCUCCGGCACCAGCAGCAAGCAAGGCCAGGCGUGGCCUUCUGGGCACCCUGUCUUGUGGGUGGCAGACCUCCGAUGGCUUAUGCCACUGGGUGCUUCAGGGAAGCACCCACAGGGCGUGGGGCCAGGAGCUGUGAGGAGAGGCAGCCUUCUGUGGUCUUCUGUGGGUGACAGCAUCACCAUUGGGCCCCUUGAAGAAUCAGCUGCGGCAGAAGGCAGGGGAAGCCUGGUGUUGAGGGGGCCACAGCUCAGUCCUUUCCAGACUAGGUCACCCUUUAGGAACCCCUUCCAGGCACCCACGGACACUAGCCCAUUUUCCGGGGGAGGAGGAGGGUGGGGAGCCAGGGGCCCCAGACUGGUGGGAGGUGGGGCUGAGGCUGACUCCUCACACUGCCACCAGAGGGCGCCUGGAGCCCACUGUCCGCCUCCCAGGCCUGUGCAAGAGCAGUCAGGGCCCCAGUGACCCGCCAGAAGUGGACCCACUGUCUCAGCAAGGGCAGCUGACGGGGGUGCCCGCUCCCUUCCUUCUAGUGGGGCCUCUUUUGCCUUCUAUGUGCCCAGCGCCAGGCCCUGUGUACCCCUUUUUAAAUUUGUAAUUGGGUAAAAUACACAUAAAACUUACCAUCUUAACCAUGUCUAAGUGUGCAGGAGUGUCAAGUACAGUCACACUGUUGUGCAGCCGUCACCACCAUCCCCAGGACGUUUUCAGCCUCCCAGACUGAAGACUCUGUCCCCAUUAAACACCAACUCCCCAUCCCCCUGCCCCUGGCAACCUUCAUUCUAAUUUUUCUCUAUGAAUUUGGCUAUUUUAGGUACUUCAAAUGAAUAGACUUAUAUUUGUCCUUUUGUGAUUGGCUUAUUUCACUGAACAUAAUGUCUUCUAGGUUCAUCCAUGUUGUAGCAUGUGGCAGAAUUUCCUUCCUUUUUAACCAGAAUAAUAUUCCACGGUAUGGAUAGACCCCAUUUUGUCUACCCAUCAUCUGUCAAUGGAUACUUGGCUUGUGUCCACCUUUGGGCUAUCGUGAUUGAUGGCUGGUUCCCACCGCACCUUGCCCAGGGCAAGGGGCCAGCUGAGCCCUGAGGAUGCCUUGCCCCUCUUUGGCCCUGAAGGGCCCUGGAGCCAGGGGAGGGGGCAGUGGUACGCUCAGUCUGGCAGCGGCUCCAAUGCCUCCCUUCCCCUUGGCGCCAUCUGCCUUCAUCUGUCAGCCUGCACUUCUGGCCCAGGGCAGCAGGAGGGCUGGGGUGGGGGGGACAGUGGGGUAAAGACUUCACAUCCGGGCUUCCCUGGUGGCGCAGUGGUUAAGAAUCCGCCUGCCAAUGCAGGGGACACGGGUUUAAGCCCUGGUUAGGGAAGAUCCCACGUGCCACGGAGCAACUAAGCCUGUGCGCCACAACUACUGAGCCUGCACUCUAGAGCCCGCGAGCCACAACUACUGAGCUCGUGUGCCACAACUGAAACCCACGUGCCUAGAGCCUGUGUUCUGCAACAAGAGAAGCCCGCCACCACAAUGAAAAGUAGCUCCCGCUCGCUGCAACUAGAGAAAACCCGCGCACAGCAACAAAGACCCAAAUACAGGCAAAAAAAAAAAACACAAAAAAACCCCUUCACACCCACAGGCGGCAGAGUCUAUGUCAGCUAAAGCUUUCAGUGAUCUCAAGGGUUCCAGUGUGAGGUUGGAGUCCUGGGUUUGUGCCUAAGGCCUCUGUAAUCUGACCCCACGGUUUCACCAGGCUCUUGGGUCCCAUCCACCGGGUCCACACCUCAGGGCCUUGGCCAAGGCUGUCUGCUCCUCCCCAUUGUCUGGCAUUCUCUCCAGUCCCCAUCUGACAACCUACUGCCCACCUCCUCCCUAGCCUACACAUUGGCAUUGGGGGCGGGGUUUCCUCUAUGAGAGUGGGCCCCGUUUCAGUUUGUCCCGACCUACUAGGGGCUUGAUUCUGGGGCUCAGGGCUGUCCUUGCUCCUGCUUUUCCACGGUGCCUGCAGCCCCAGUGCCUGGACUCUCAUCGCUGGGUUACCGCGAGGCCUGUGGGAAGUCACCAGGGCCAGGUUAGGGAGAGAUGGGGGAUGGAAGCCUAGGUACCAGUCUUGGAGAGAGCCACCCAGAUGAACUCCCCUCCCCCAGAGGUUCCAGUGGGCACCACCCCCACCCUGGCCAAGGGCUUGGAGGACAGUGGCCCGACCAGGACUGCAAGCAAGGCGAGGCUGGAGGCGGGGGUUGGCGGGGGAAGUAGGGGGGUACCUCGAGGAGGUGACACUGAACACGUCCGGCCGUGGAGCCCCCUCCCCAGCGCCUCCUGGGCCACGGGCUGGUCCUCCCACCCCCGAGAGCGCCGCUGCAAUUGGUGGAAAGUUCGGGCACCGCGGCGCGAUUGGCCGCUCGGCCCGCCCACUGCCUCCCGGCAGCUUCCAGGCUCCCGGCCGGGUGGGCGGCCGGCAGGCGCGGGCGGUGGGGGCUGCGCGGGGCCGGGGCCAACGCCCCGGCUGCUCCCGCCGCGCCCCCGCGCGUCCCCGCGCGCCAUGCGGACCCUGGCGCUGCUCUGCGCUCUUUGCUUCGGCCUCUUGGCCACGGCCGCCCGCGCCGGCUACUCGGAGGACCGCUGCAGCUGGAGGGGCAGCGGCCUGACCCAGGAGCCCGGCAGCGUGGGACAGCUCGCCCUGGCCUGUGCGGAGGGCGGGAUCGAGUGGCUGUACCCGGCCGGGGCGCUGCGCCUCACCCUGGGCGGCUCCGACCCCGGCGUGCGGCCCGGCAUCGCCUGCCUGCGGCCGGCGCGGCCCUUCGCAGGCGCCCAAGUCUUCGCGGAGCGGGCGGGCGGCGUGCUGGAGCUGCUGCUGGCCGAGGGCCCAGGCCCGGCCGGGGGCCGAUGCGUGCGCUGGGGUCCCCGCGAGCGCCGGGCCCUCUUCCUGCAGGCCACCCCGCAUCCCGACAUCAGCCGUCGCGUGGCCUCCUUCCGUUUCGAACUGCGGGAGGACGGGCGUCCAGAGCUGCCUCCGCAGGCCCACGGCCUCAGUGCGGAUGGUGCCUGCAGACCCUGCAGUGAUGCCGAGCUCCUCUUGGCCGUGUGCACCAGUGACUUUGUGGUCCAUGGAACCAUCCACGGGGUCGCCCAUGACACAGAGCUGCAGGAGUCUGUCAUCACCGUGGCCGCCGCCCGUGUCCUCCGCCAGACAUUGCCGCUGUUCCGGGUGGGGGGCCCUGGGGGCCAGGCGCAGGCCUCCAUUCGCACCCCACUGCACUGUGGCGUCCACCCUGGCCCUGGCACCUUCCUCUUCAUGGGCUGGAGCCGCUUCGGUGAGGCCUGGCUGGGCUGUGCACCCCGCUUCCAGGAAUUCAGCCGUGCCUACACGGCUGCCCAUGCUGACCACCUCCACCCCUGUGAGGUGGUGCUGGACUGAGGGGCCUGGGAGCAGGGUGCUGGGGA